AAGUUCGGCGAGGUACACACAACACCAUUUAUACCCACAUGGACGCCGGUCACUACCCCACAGUCUUCACAUCACACACUCUAUGAAGUAGACAACAUGUAUUUUUCUUGCAUCAACUUGCACAAUGGCUUCUAUCCCGAUCCUCUUCACUGCGACCAGUACUUCGCCUGUGUCAGCCAGGUCGCCUACGGGGUGAAAUGCGAACAGGGCAAGAGAUACAACAAAGACAAACAGGACUGUGUGGUGUCAGUUGGUGACUGUCCUCUCAUCUGGCAACAACCUACCAUUCCGCCUCCAACUCCCUCUCCGAUUGAGCACUUCUGUUCGUUGAGGGCGGAAUGGCGUGUACAGAUACCCGAGCGACUGCAACACGUACAUCCAGUGUGUGUCGGGUGUAGCCUACCCGAAACAGUGCUACCGGGGUCUGGUGUUUAGCGAGUCGAUGAUGACGUGUGAGAAUCCGAUAAUGGUUCCGGAGUGCUACUACCAGGGGUGAUGACCCGCCCUUCGUCUCACCUGAGUCCGCCCCCAGGUCCCCGUCACAUCCACACCUGGUGCACACCUGGCUGAUGUGCCGGUUGUACGACACGGCGUGUGCUGGACUUUCUAAACUCCUUUUGAAGUGUGAAUCACAAUAAAGAAACUUGUCUUAUCA